CUAUAGUAGUACUGGGUUUCUAGAAACGACGACCGAGCCUGCAGCCGGGCUAACGUGCCCAUGACCUCGAGGCCCGGGCUUCACCGCUGGUGCGACUGUCGGUCUCCAUGGCAACCGUGUCGCUCCGCUGGUCGCCACGGACUCCCUUCCGUUUCCGCUCCCCCAGUUCCGGUCCCCAGCUAACUGCACGGAGUCCGAGUUCCUAAAGUGGCAGAGUGAAGCUUCCCGGUCCCCUAGAGGGACAGGAAGGGCCGGCAGCGCAGGGCAGCGAAUGGGCGCUUCCGGCCCGCGGCUUCCGCCUCCCCGCCGGCUUCCGGAAGUCGCCCGCCACAUGCUGAGGUGCGCGGUGGAAGUAGCGGGUGCUGCGCGCAGGGACUCUGUCCUCGGGCCUGAGCGUCGAGGCCGCGCUCCCGGGGGUCGUUCAUGUUCGGGGCCGCGGGGCCGGUCGGAGUUCCCGCCGCGGGCGACGGCUGGCAUUUCAGUAGAACUAUGGAAGAACUUGUUCAUGAUCUUGUCUCCGCCCUGGAAGAGAGCUCGGAGCAAGCUCGAGGGGGAUUUGCUGAAACUGGAGAUCAUUCCCGAAAUCUGUCUUGCCCCUUGAAACGCCAGGCCAGGAAAAGGAGAGGAAGGAAACGGAGGUCCUAUAACGUUCACCACCCAUGGGAGGCUGGUCACUGCAUAAGUGAAGGCUCUGAUUCUAGUUUAGAAGAACCAAGCAAGGACUACAGAGAGAAUCACAAUAAUAAUAAAAAAGAUCAUAGUGACUCUGAUGACCAAAUGCUAGUGGCAAAGCGUAGACCAUCUUCAAACUUAAAUAAUAAUGCUCGCAGUAAAAGGCUUCUGUGGCACGAAUCUGAUUUUGCAGCAGACAACCUUGGGAACAGAACUCUUCGCAGGAGGAGAAAGGUAAAGCGCAUGGCAGUAGAUCUUCCACAGGACAUCUGUACCAAAAGGACAAUGACCCAGCCGCCUGAAGGUUGUAGGGACCAGGACACGGACGAUAGAGCUUACCAGUACCAGGAGUUUUCCAGGAAUAAAGUUAAAAAGAGGAAAUUGAAAGUCAUUAGACAAGGACCAAAAGUCCAAGACGAAGGAGUCGUUUUAGAAAGUGAAGACGGAAGCCAGACCAGUAAGGACAAAAUGGAUUACGAAGAGCAAAAGGCCCCCGAUGAGCUCAUGAGUGAAAGUGACUCCAGCAGUCUCAGCAGCUCGGAUGCUGGUUUGUUUACCAAUGAUGAGGGACGACAAGGUGAUGAUGAGCAGAGCGACUGGUUCUAUGAAAAGGAGUCAGGUGGAGCCUGUGGCAUCGCUGGAGUCCUGCCCUGGUGGGAGAAAGAAGAUCCUGCAGAGCUGGGCAAAGACUUGCCAGAUCCUGUCUUUGAAAGUAUCUUAAGUGGUUCUUUCCCCCUCAUGUCACAUCCAGGCAGAAGAGGUUUCCAAGCUAGACUCAGUUACCUUCGUGGAAUGCCUUCAAAGAAUACUAAAAAAUCUGGAGGGCCUCCAACUUCAAUGGCUUCAAACUGGACCAGUGAGAUUCCCCUAUAAACCAAAUCUUCUAAUGCUAAUAAAUUAGUUACGUUUUGAACACCUGGGGAAUGACAUUCGAGGGAACCUGGCUCCUGUCCUCUUCCCUGGAGGAAUACAUUGCAGUGAGAGCCUCUUUGAUGCACAGAUGGGGCUGUUUUUGCUGGAAGACUGGUAUUCUUCCCUUUAGCCAGAAGCGAACCUGAUUGGGGAGUCUUUCUAGAGCUCUAGGUUGGCCCAGGGUGGAUAGAAACUACUGUAUGUUUUAUAUAUUUUUCUCGUUCAUGAUUUUUUUUCAUAUUGAAUCCAUCUAUGUAUUACUUGCUUUUCCAAAAUGCUAACAAAAGAUAGAAAACCUUCUAGAUUUAACCCACGUAGUCCUUACUGUUUCUAUUAUGACUGGUCAAGAUGAAAUUUUAUAUAUCUUACUGUUGUAAAUAAAAAAUGAUGCUUUGCCUUUUAUGGUUUAUUUUAAAAGAAAUCUUCUAUAACCAGCAUUACUUAAAAAUAACUGUGUUUUACUCAGGGUGUUUCUAAGGGCUAAUGUAAGCAAUUGGUAAGGUUUGUAAUCUUUGCUAGAGUGUAUUUUGUUCAGUUCACUUUCUAUUUGAAUGAUUGCUUUGUACUGCAAGCCCAUUGUAUUUUAUGAUAUGGUUUUCACUGUACUGCAGAAAUCAGCCUACCUCCAUAGCAGCCACAGUGAAAACCAGUGUGCAUUAGGAGAGUCAUUUAUUGUUACCUCUCAAUGACAUACUUGUCUGAUACCUCCCUGAACUACAUCACAAUUCCCCUGUUGACUUGGAGCUUAAUGAAAUCAUGUGAAACCUGGUAUUUUAACAAAUACUAUGUGACUGAAUCAUACUUUUGUUUCUGUAAGUGAGAGAUUCUUGCUCAUCCUUAGAAUGGCAGGCCAUGUGUAUCCCUGAGUUUCAGAAAUACUUGCAUGAACUCAUUUUCACCAAGCAGGGGGAACUAUAACAUUUCUACUGAUGGUAUAAUUUAGACCUCAUACUAGUUGUAUGACUCUUUAAAAUGGUCAUAUUAAAGUGAUUAAUAUUUUUUUCUCAAAUUCUAACAAUUAGUGAUGUCAACGUGAUUUAAUAUGUGUAUUUUAUAUUGUAUGAUUUUAAUUGUCAAUUCAGCUAUCAUGGCUAAAUUAAAUAUGAUUGGAGUGGAAACCAAGUCGGCAUUCCCUGUAUCUAGAGUUCUCAGAGUCUGAGAGCUUGGAGAUGCAGUAAGUAGGAAUGUGUUCAUCUCAUUUUAGACUGCGCCUCUCAGCUGGAGAGGUGAAGGGUGGUACAGUACAGCUUUGAGUUUCUUGACCUUUCCGUGUUGAAGGUACAAUAACAUGUUUGGUAAUUGUACAUGUGACUUUUUAUACUAUUUCUUGGAGUAAGAAUUCCUGUUUUUCCCCCUUAAUUGCAGAAAUGCUUUUAUUUCUGUAAUGACUAUAUUUUAGAUCUGAGUAAGUCACUUUAGAACCUUGACCCCUGAACUUUGCCUUACCAAUCAUGAAUCUAGACAAGUGCUCUGUAAUUCUUGGUUCAGUUUUACCUAUUUUUAUUUUUGGUUCACUGCUUGCUUGAGCAUAGCUGGGAUUUGUAGCCUAUUUUCUAGGCUUAUUGCAGUCUCACUGUGGUAUUUUAUAGAAGCUAUUAGAACUGAUAGGCUAGCUUCAUGGUCCUGAUGAUACAUGGCGUAACCACACUAAAAGCUGUCUUCUCUCGCUCAUUGUAAGGAGGGGAUUGAAUCUCACUUGCUGGAGAUGGUCCGCAUGUGUUUAUCAUGGAACGAGUGCACUAGGCCAUGAAGUGUUUUACUCUUCUAUGUUUUUUAUUCAAAAUUGUACUGAAGGCAGUGGACAAAGACAGUCUCAACCCUGAAUUGUCCUUGUUUGGAGUUUCACAUACUGUAACAGUUUCAUUUUUUCCAAUAAAAUCUCUGACUCGGACAAAAAAGGUGAAAGUUCCAGUUGGUGUUCGUAUUUUUAAUUUUCUUCGCUAUGUUUUUAUUCGUUUUGCUCAUACUAUUCAUAGCCAAGUAAUUUAAAAAUUAGAACCUGACAAAAUAGUCAUCAUUAAGAAGAAUCUGUCGCUUGUAGUAGGAAUUAAAUUUAAUUAUCAUAGAUUCACGCUGGAAAGCCAAUUCAAAAACAUGUAGCUCCAACCCUUGAAGCAGAAUGGCAGCCGGGGGUCUGACGUAGUUAAGUGGUGACUGUAUACAUAUAAUGAGUUGUGUAUUUGAGGGAAAGACAGGGGGAGGCCAGCCAGAUCCCACUGUAGACCCUUUUAGUGGGGGCAUUUUAGGGUUUUAUCUUCAUUUCCCUUAUUCAUGCCCUGUGAAGUCACUGAGCUCUGAUUUAGCAAACACUGAACCAUUGUUCCUACAGGAAAGUCAAGGUUAGGCUCCUGAGGGCCUUAGGUCACCACAUUCUCAUUGGCUGAUGAGUGUGUAACCUUGAUGUAUGUGUAUCUGUGUCUAAAGGUGUUCACUGUGUGCUGUUGAUUCAUGGGCAUUUAACUCAUGGCACCAUCACUGAGGCCCGAACAAAGUCUCUCUAGCACGUUUUCUCCAUGAGUCUCACUAUAGUCUUGUGCUUCAUAAUAGCAGACUUCCACUGUUCAGCCCAUUUGAGGGGUCACUGAAAGCGAAAUCACCAGCAAAGCACAGAAACACAGUAAACCUUCACUAAGUGGAUUGCCCACCAGAUGUUUGUUUACAGUAUCAGAGUAGAAAGGAGGAGUGCAUGGCGUCUUGGCAGCUUAAAAUUGUGUGCUGUGCACACGUCUGUGAAUAUCUGCAAAAUCCCUGAAUAUUGGUUUUGAAGUUGCAAACUAGCCAGUAGACAAAUUUUCAAAUUUGGAAUCUGUAAGGAGGAGCAAGAGUUAACUUUACUUACUUUGUAGAAGGCACAGUGGUGUUAUAGAAUAAUUACAGAUCUUGAAGUUAGGUCUUUAUGAGUCCACUCUGGUUACUAGUUUUACUUAAACUUAAAAUUUGAACCACACUUUCCUCUUUUGUUAAAAUAGACUAUAUUUACUUUAUAGAAGUAUUGUCAGGCUUAAAUGAAGUGAAGUAGCCAUAAUUGGCUCAGGCACAUAGUGUAUACUGUGGUAAAAACUAUUAGUGAAUGCAUUAAAAACACAAUAGCUGGUAACCCAAUUUAUAUUUGUAUCAUGAGUCAGAGUGCUAAAUUUGACCUUAAAUGUUUCUAUUCAUGUUUUAUAUAUAAUUUUAUAUCAAUAGAAUGACUUAAUUUAUAGACCUUUAAGUUUGUUUUGUAUCUUAUGUAUGUUUAAGUUGGCCUCUGUCUUUAAUAGUCUGUGAAGAAUUGUCUUAAUGAAUUUUAGGUUGACAGGUACUGUACUAAAUCUCAGAAUUUAAUUGUAAACUUAAAGCCCCUUUCUUCAUCUCCCAAAUCAUUAAGCUGUUCAUUUGUAGAAAUACAUAGACUAUUUAUGAAGUUGGAGUUCAGAUUUAUGUCUUUAGAGAAUAAUUAUGCCCAUGUGUAUAUGGGUUACAUGUCCUGAGAAUUUAAUAUUUAUAUGAAUUGCUGAUCUGGGCGUAGUGGAGUACACUUGUAAUACCAACAUUUGAGAGGUGGAGGCAGGAGAUCAGGUGUUCAAGAUCACCCUUAACUACAUGGCCUGUACUACAUAAAAUCCUGUCUCAAAAAAGCAAAACAGAGAAUCAUUUCCUCUGUCUUUCUGUUAGAAUGAAACACAAGUUAUUGGGGACAGCUCUUUUUAGAAUUGUUAAUUCAAUGGAAUAUUCUAGGGCUGUCACCCCAUCACUCAGGACAUUACCAGUGAUCAUUAACUACAAUUUAGAAUAAUGAUAACACAGGAAUGAUGCUAGGCUCAGUCUGGGAAAUGGUACUUACAUGGUGAAUUUAGUAGCCUUACUGGCAUGUCAUUCAAGGUCCUCACUGACACACACAUUCCAGGUCCUCACUGACAUGUCAUUCCAGGUCCUCUCUGACAGGCACAUUCCAAGUCCUCACUGAUAUGUAUUCCAGCUCUUUACUGACAUGUUAUUCCAGGUCCUCACCAACACGCAGCAACAUUCUACUUAGCCCGGUUGUUCUGCUCCUCAGUAUCCGAAUUAGUAUUUUCUAAAGGUGAGAGAUUUUUAGGUUCUGGGUUUUUUGUGCGUUUGUUUUAUCAACAUGUAUUACAUCUAUCCACUGAAGUUAUUUGAAUCGUGUUGUCUGUUGAAAGUUUGAGGGGGAAGGGCACCCUCAAUAUAGUAUUUGAAAACCAGUAUUAAGUCUUACAUAAGAAAUUCUAAGUUAGACUGUUGCAGUUGCUUCAAGUCCAGUCUUUGCAUGAUUGCAAUGAGAAUGCUAUGGUGCUGGGGUAUUUGUGUUUAUUCUACCAAAGAAAAUGAGUCUGAUUCCAUUGAUUUCUCACACACGACUUCAUCAAGUUUAAAGAUACAGAAAAAUAUCAUCAUUAACCCUUAUCAUGAUCUGUCAUGCCAUAUUUGUAAGCAUGCUGAUUACAUUCCCAAUACCAUACGUAGCCAGGACAAAAUAAGUGUUAUCUAUCCAGAAUAUGGAGUCAUUUCAUUCAAUGGGAGACCAUACCUAUUGUAGCUGUUUUCUUUUAGGAAAUCAUAGGAAGCCUGGUUUACACAAGUGGCAUGUUGACAUGACAGCUUUAUUGUAGAAAUGACUUUGUACAUCCUGCUUGAUUUCUGUUUGUUUCUUAGGAUUCUAGGUAGGAAUAGUCUCAGUUAUAGUCUUUUAUAAGAGAAGGUCCAUCUAAGAUGGAAUUGGUUAGAAUAACAACUGAACAAUCUAUUCUCUUAGAUUAGUCAAAAAGAGCAGGGUUUAUGAUGGAAAAUAGUUGUAAAAUGACAUAAAUUAAUGCAUAGCCCGUGUCUGCAACUAUAACCUGACUCUGUGCUGGCUAUUAUCCAAGCUGUCAUAGUGGAGUUCAGCAGCAAAAUCUUUCAUUAUUGCCCUUCUGCAUGGAAGUUUUCAUUCCUAGAGCACUUUCGGAGACUUGGGAGACUACAAGAAGAAUGUACAUUUAGAAAGUUAGACUCUAUAUAUGUUAAUUUCAUUUUCAUCUUGUCUCAAUAUCAGCUUGAGAUCCAGAUUUAAAGAUAUUCUUAGGCCUAGAAUUCUUGAAGUAAAGUUGGUUUUGUGUUAUAGAAAAGUACAAACUAAUGAAAUAAUAUUUCUUAUAAAAAUUUUAAUAGUGUCUCUUGUUUGCUUUUAAGUUUCUAUUUUAGUGUCACUAUUUCAUAUUGUAAAAAUUCAUAAAUGAUAUUUGAAAAUGUAAAUCUGAUAACUUUUCAUACUGUUUCCUGAAUAAGAUCAAUAUUGAUAUUGAUAUUCUUGCAUUAUAUUUUAUUAAAUGUGGAACAUAUAUAUAAAUUUAAAUGAUGUGGAUAUUGUAGCCUAUUCAUUUAUUCACUUAAUUGCAAUUGAAUGCUUAUGUUCUCCCUAUUCUUAAAAACAUCUGGAAAAAAGCUACAUGUACAGAUAAUCAGUCUUGAUAUUUUAAUGUUACAAAAAUUGGCCACAUAUAUUUUUCCAUCAUUUAAAAUAUUUGUGCUUCUGUUUCUGAUGAUGACUUAAAUACAGGCUUGGCCUUACAUGUUGGCUUUUGGGUUUGUGAUCUUUCAGAAAUGUGGAAAUGUGCCACGUGAAACACAUAUAAUGAUGUGCCAGAUCCUUUUCUUUGUACUGUUUAUAUAUAUUAAUUUAAUACGUUUAGCAUCCCUAUACUGCAGGAUGAUGUUUACAUCUUAAACUGCUUGUUUUUCUUCUGGUAAGCCAAAAUAAAUGCAAUGUGGAAGUUUCUUCAUAAUGCUGUCUUGUUGCUAAUAAAUACAAAUAAAUUCUC